AAAAGAGCUAUUCCCAGCUGGUAUUUAUGUCCACAACUGCCGGGAGCUUAUGGAACUUGCAAGCUAUUCAGUCCAUGUGUCAAAUUGAACAAGACAAGAUACGCUCACACGUCCAUUUCAGAGACCUCUGCCAACGUACUGAAGCCAACGAAUGCUGCCCAAGCUGGUCUCUGGGGAACUACAUCGCUGUCCUAUACAACAGGUCUUCGUGUCUGGAGAUAACCCAAGGAGACAUCUCCCACACCCUGGCUCUCCUUCGUGCCUGUGCUCCAGACUACCACAGAGGAAUCCUCACUCCGUCCUGCAUAGGCCCUGAGGCUGCAAGACAGAAACACUCCCAGUGCGCCCAGCUCCCGGAAAAAUGCACCCGCUUUAAUGCCAUCUACCAGCUGCUUCACUUCUUGGUCGACAGAGACUUCCUCAGCCCCCAGACGAUGGAGUACCAAGUGCCCUCUCUCAAGUACAGCCUGCUGUUUCUGCCUACCAGGAAAGGCGCGUCUAUGAUGGGGAUCUACCUGGACAACCUUGAGUCUUGGGAUCUGUUUGAUAACUACACAUCUAUCACUGGAAUGGACCUGGGCCUUAAACAGAAACUAUUCCAGCACUAUCUUUUACUGGAUACUAAGUAUCCAGUCCUGGCAAUAUUAGCUAUUUUUCUAAGCAUUUCUUUUUAUUUACGCUCAGUCUUUAUUACCUUGAUGGUCCUGCUCGCCGUUGCCAGCUCUUUGAUGAUCUCCUACUUCUUGUACAAGGUGGCCUUCAAAUUCACCUACUUCCCUUUUGUAAACCUGACCGCAGUCGUCAUUCUCAGCAGCAUCUGUGCCAACCACACCUUUGUCUUCUUCGACCUCUGGAACCUCAGCAAGAGCCAGCACCCUUCCGCCGGGCUUUCCCAGUGGGUGAGUCAAACCAUGCACCACUUUGUGUAUCUCACGCUGGCGUCUUGCCUCACGACGGGUGCUGCCUUCUACGCCAGCUACAUCAGCAACAUCACAGCCAUCCGCUGCUUCGCCAUCUACAUGGGCACCGCCGUGCUGGUGAACCUGGUGUUCACCAUGACCUGGCUUCCUGCUUCGGCUGUGCUGUACGAGCGCUACAUGGCCACGACCUGCAUUUACAAGCCAGACGACUACUGGAACAACACCGGCCACAAGAGAGCCACUCUCUCCCUCCAUUACGUUCUCAGGGGUCUCCAGAACACGCUCUCUGAAACCUCCAAGCUGCUCUUUGAAAAGCUUCUGCCUUGUGGGGUCAUCAAGUUUCGGUACAUCUGGAUCUGCUGGUUCGCUGCCUUAGCCAUAGGAGGUGCCUACAUUUCCUGCUCCAACCCCAAGCUCAAACUCCCGACUCUGGAGACGUCGUCUGUCCAGGUGUUCCGACUGAGCCACCCCUUCGAGAGGUACGACUCUGAGUAUUGCCACCAGUUCAUGUUCGAGAGGCUGGAGCACGGAGAAGGGCAGCGCAUGCCCGUCACAAUGGUCUGGGGCAUUCUGCCUGUGGACAAUGGGGACCACUUCAACCCCAAAAGCAACGGCACCCUGGUGACGGACGUCACCUUCGCAAUCCAAAACCCUGAUGCCCAGAAGUGGCUCCUUGAAUUCUGCCAAAAAGUGAAGAACAAAACUUUCUACUACCCUGAUGCAGAGCAGAAAUCUACUGUGUGCUUCAUGGAGGAGUUCCUCAGGUGGAUGGAGAGUCGCCAGUGCUCCCAGCGAGACCACAGCUUCAACCUUUGCUGCAACCAGUUAUCUUUCCCUUACAGAAGUGAGGUCUUCCUACACUGCAUCAAAAUGAUGCUCCUGGAACAGGGCAGGGAAGGGGCAGAAAUGUAUGACCUGGGCCUCAGGUUUGACAAGGAGGGAAAUCUCGCUGCCUUAGUGCUGCAGUUCCAAACAAUUUAUCACUACAGCUUCAACUACAGCAAAGCCAAACAAUUCUACGAGGAAAUCAACCUCUGGGUAACAGAGGAAAUGAAAACUGCCCCGGUGGGGCUUCAGAAUGGGUGGUUUACCAGUAAACUAGAGCUAUACAACCUCCAGCACAGUCUCAGCACAGAAACCAUGGUGGUCAUGGGGCUCUCCAUAGCCAUUUCCUUUGUGGUGCUGCUGCUCACUACCUGGAACGUCCUCCUGAGCGUUUUCUCCGUUACUGCCAUCGCAGGCACCGUCCUGGUAACAGUUGGCCUUCUGGUCCUCUUGGAGUGGCAACUCAAUGCAGUGGAGUCUCUCUUCAUUUCAGCUGCAGUAGGUCUCUCUGUGGACUUUACAGUCAACUACUGCAUCUCCUACCACCUGUGCCCCCACUCUGACCGCCUGAGCCGCGUGGCCUUUUCCCUGAAGCAGAUGAGCUGUGCCACAGCCAUGGCAUCUUCUGCCCUCUUCUCUGCAGGGGUCAUCAUGCUGCCUGCGACGGUCCUGGCGUACAGGAAGUUGGGGAUAUUCAUCAUGAUGAUCAAGUGCAUCAGCUGCGGGUUUGCCAGCUUCUUCUUCCAGUCUCUGUGCUGCUUCUUCGGCCCAGAGAAGAACUGCGGGCAGAUCCUUUGGCCUUGUGCCCACACCAUGAAAGACUAUUCUGAUGACUCUGGGCUGAAUGGAAACUUUGCCUGUGGAGGGAGUGAGAAGCAAAACCGGUUGCGGAAGGUCCAGGAGUCCAACACGGCCAACGAGCAGUAUGAGCUCCAGCCCUUGUCCAGGAAACUGAGCGACAGCUUUGACAACAGCACUUCCACAAGCAAGCUGUCCAACCGGCUCUCUGAAGACACACAAGUUGAAGACAACAGAUGCCCCAGGACAGGAAUGCACCCCUCCCUCGAAAGAGAAAGACAGAACCUGCAGGAGACCCUUGGAGACCAGCAGGUUGGCCUAUGCCAGUGUCCUGCCCUGCAGACUUCCUCUCCAUACAAGCACAGCAGCUCAGAAGCAGAAAUUCACAGGGAGAGACUCUGCCGAGACUGCCGAUGUCAAAAGUACGGUCUGAAAGCUUGGGAGGAGACUGGGCCGGACCACAUCCAGCCAGCUGGCAUGAAAGAAGAAGGGCAGCCCAAUAAAUCACAGUGCUCUAGUGACACUGCCCAGCAGCAGUCGGAUUAUACCUCAGACAACAGCCAUCUCCCCGCUGCUGACAUCUACAAGAUUCACAGAUGCCUUUGUUCUCUUGGCAGCUCUUUUGACAUGCUCAACAUCUCCAGUGAGACGUCGAUUAGUGAUUUUGAGCAAGGCCUAAAGCUUGCUGAAUCUGCCAGUUCUUGCCCCGAUGUCUUAGAGCUGUCUGAUUCGUACAGUCAGGCAGAGAGAGGUUACUUGAAUGGGAAGAGAGAUACCCUGCGGCUGGACCUGAGGGAGACCGUCUUUGAUAUUUCUCCAGCAGCCUCCCAGCAGAACAGCUCUUCAUGGAAAAAUCGAUUUGGAUUAGGGAGUGAAGGUCCAGUUGUGCUACCAAACAGCCAACCAGACAUGCCCGACGUUUGGAUCAAACGAUCAAGUGCACAAAGUUCUGGCUACAACAGUUGA